AUGGCAGUCACUCACCAUAUGGAAGUCACCAUUCUGUAUUUCGCAGCAGCCUCAACCGCUACGAACCUGAACUCAGAGAUCGUCGGCAUACCCACAGAUCGUCCAUUUCUCUUAUCCGAACUUGGUGAUCUGCUCGUAUCUCUCCACCCCGAUACUGGCCUUGACAAGGUCUUGGAGAGUAGUCAGUGGAGCGUCGAUGCGGAAAUGGUUGAUGAUCCAGGAAACGUCUUACUAAGUGGUGGGGAGGAACUUGCUAUUAUCUGUCCUGUGUCUGGUGGUUGA